AUGGCCAGCUGGGCCUUGGAGCUGCUGGGCUUCUCCCUGGGCCUGCUGGGCCUAGCCGGGACGUUGGCCGCCACCAUCCUGCCCCACUGGUGGCGCUCGGCGCACGUGGGCGCCAACAUCAUCACGGCGGUGGCCUACGCGAAGGGGCUGUGGAUGGAGUGCGUGUGGCACAGCACCGGCGUCUACCAGUGCCAGGCGCACCGCUCGCAGCUGGCGCUGCCGGCCGAGCUGCGCGCCGCCCGCGCCAUGAUGGUGGCCUCGUGCCUGCUGGCCGCGCUGGCGGCCGGCGCGGCCGUGCUGGGCAUGGGCUGCACGCGCUGCGCCGAGGGCAGCCCGGCCAAGGCCUCCAUGGCGGGCGCCGGCGGCGGCGGCUUCGCGGCGGCCGGCCUGCUGUGCCUGGUGCCGGUGGCGUGGAGCACCGGCGGGGUGGUGGUGGAUUUCUACAACCCCGCGCUUCCCGCCGGGGUGAAGUAUGAGAUAGGGCAGGCUCUUUAUCUGGGCUUCGUCUCCUCGGCCUUCAGCAUCUUGGGUGGGGCCUUGCUGUGCGCGUCGUGCCUCGGCGAGCGGGCGCCGUCCAGGCCCGGGGCGCCUCCAUCCUCCGGGCCGGCCGGCGCCUCCCAGGGCGGCCACGCUCCUUCCCUGACAUCGGCGGCCCACGGCGGCUACAGGCUCAGCGACUACGUGUGA